GGCGGCGCUCUGCCGCUGUCUACUUUACCAACCGGCCGGCGGCGGCGCCGCGAGAUGGCGCAUCGAUCGCCCGUGUUUUCCACGAGUGUUCAUCUGCUGGCUGGCGUCACGGCUACAGUAUCGUCGGCAUAUCCCGGAUACGGAGUUAAAAACCAGUUAACGUGUCAUCUUCGCGCCCAACACAGCAGGCCUACCAAGCAGACUACUCCGGGUCGUUACUCAGAUUUCGAGUGACCGGUGUCUGACUUAUUUCAAGUUGUAUCUGCUAUCGUCGGGGUCAGAAUAAAAUAAUGGCCAACUACAAACCAGUUCCAACGGUUACUCCAUCACCCAACUUCAAUGCCGCGGAAGAUGCUACCGCUCUACGAACUGCGAUGAAAGGAUUCGGCACGGAUGAACAAGCCAUAAUUGACAUUUUGACAGCUCGAAGCAAUGGUCAACGUCAAGAGAUAGCGGAUUAUUUCACCUACGAGUAUGGACGGAAUCUCAUCGACGAUCUGAAGAGCGAGUUGGGCGGCAAAUUCGAGGACGUUAUCCUGGCGCUGAUGAAGGACCCUUGCGAGUACAUGGCGAAGCAACUUCACAAAGCGAUGGCUGGCAUUGGCACCGAAGAGGAGACCCUCGUGGAGAUCCUCUGCUCCAGGGACAACGAAGAAAUCGGUGCGAUCGUCGACGCCUAUGAAAAACUGUACAACCGACCACUGGCCGAGCACCUGUGUAGUGAGACUUCUGGCCACUUUAGGAGAUUGCUCACCCUCAUCGUUACGAAUUAUGCCAAGCAGGGAGUCAGAGAUGCCGAAUCGGACGUGGACCCAGAACGUGCAAGAGAGGCAGCGGAGAUGCUCUACGAUGCCGGCGAAGGCAAACUGGGGACCGAUGAAGAAGUCUUCAACAGAAUUUUGGCCCAUGACAGCUUCAAUCAGUUGAGACUCGUGUUCGAGGAGUACAAAUCAGUCAGCGGGAGAACAAUUGAACAAUCAUUGCGAGACGAAGUCAGCGGAGAACUCAAGGACGCCAUGUCGGCCAUUGUUGAAUGCGUGCAAAGCACCCCGGCAUUUUUUGCAAAGAGGUUGCACAAAGCCAUGGCUGGUGCAGGAACUGAUGAUCAAACACUGAUUCGCAUCAUUGUCAGCCGUGCAGAAAUUGAUCUUGGUAACAUCAAAGAAGAAUACGAGCGCAUAUACGACAAAACUCUUGAAUCCGCUGUUAAGAAUGAAACUUCUGGUGACUACAAACGCGCUCUGGUAGCAUUAAUCGGAGGACCUUAAAGAUAAGAAGACAAUUCAAUAUAAACGUUGGAAAUAUUUUAUUCACAAUGAAUUACAUGUAGUUAGCUUCGUUGUGCCGAAAAUGAGAGGCAUGAUCUCUACAUAAGCUUCACUAUAUAUGUAUAAGUACAAUACCUAUAACUCACUAGUAUUUUAAUGCAACAAAUGUGGGUACCGAGAAGUUCUGAAUUUUUAUUCUGCCUGUAUUUCUUGAAUUAAGUGGCACUGAGAGAAACACAAGUACAAGUAUAAACUAUUAAUAGUAAGAGGAAACUAAAUGUAUCUGAUGUAUGCGAAAAAGGACAUGCACGUCUACGUAUAAAACACUCGUAAGAAUGAUAAGUAAAGGCUUCAUGAAUUUUUAAA